UGACGAUAUUUGUUUGAAAACUCCUAAAUAACCAGACCCCUGUCGGUGCACUAGCGGUAGAUCUAUUUUAGGACUAUUUCGAAAGAUAAGGGCUUUGUUAUGCACCCAGUGGAGCAUCAUCAGAAAUCAGGGAACAACAGAAACCAAGGUGUUUUGUGCGAGGAUGCCGACUUGUUUUGAAAGAUGUGGACUCGGCAGUAAGAGGCAGGCUAUGCGGAUGACGCAGGAGGGAACUUGGGCAGAGACAACACCUGACAUCUGCUAGAGACAGCCAGCACCACAGACAACCAGACUACACCAUGCCACCCUCAUCAGGAGAACUAUGGGGGAUGCACCUCAUGCCCCCAAAGGUGCCAGUAGACUGUCUCCUACCGACUGGGAUUAUGAUCACUCUGGACGUUCCACGGGAAGCCACGCUGGAGCACAUCAAAGGAGACCUUUGGCGAGAGGCCAGGAAAUACCCUCUCUUCCACAAGCUGCAGGAUGAGACUAUGUACAUAUUUAUCAGUAUUACACAGGAGGCAGAAAAGGAAGAGUUUUACGAUGAGACCAGGAGAUUUUGUGACCUUAGACUCUUCCAACCAUGGCUGAAGGUCACGGAACCCAGGGGUAACAGGGAGGAGAAAAUACUCAACUCAGAAAUAAGUCUUGCUAUAAGCAUGCCUGUGACAGAAUUCGGCACAGUGAAGGACCCUGAGGUGAUGGACUUCCGUAGGAACAUCCUGACCACCUGUCUGCAGUCGGUCCAGGAGAGGGACAGUGACGGCUUGACCGGCCAGUCUCUCUACGUCUACCCUCCCAUCAUAGAGACUGACCCCUCUCUCCCAAGAAACCUGGAUGCUAAACUGGACAUAGGGCACAUUAUUGUGGCGAUCUGGGUGUUAACAAGAGACAACGAGAGACAGAAGUACACAGUCAAAGUCUCCAAGACGUCUCUACCUGAAGAUGUCAUUGCAGGGGCAAUAAAGAAGAAGACGAGAACCAUGGGAUUGACCCCCGAGCAGCAGCAGCAGUGUAUAGAAGAGUACCAGAACAGCUAUGUACUGAAAGUGUGCGGAGCUGAGGAGUAUAUGCUGGGCAGAUAUCCCAUCAUACAGUAUAAGUACAUUCGAAUGUGCCUGUCGAGAACCAGAUUUCCCAACCUGAUGUUGAUGUCCAAAGAGGUAGUGUACGCCUCGCUGCCAGAGUCCACAUUCCAUCUGCCGUCCUACGCUCGCAGGGGGUCCAGCGCCGUUCUCAAUCCCUCCAACGGCACGGCCCAGAUCCGCUGUAUCUACGACAUCCAGAGUCCGCUCAGAAUAAAGAUUCUCUGUGCAACAUACGUCAACGUAAAGGAACAUGACAAGAUCUAUGUAAGAUCAGGAGUGUACCAUGGAGGAGAGCCCCUCUGCACGCCGGUCAACACAAACCGCGUCCCGUGUUCCAACCCGCUGUGGAACGAGUGGCUGGAGUACGAGAUCGCCAUCCCGGACAUCCCGCGGUCGGCACGCCUCUGUCUGUCCAUCUGCUCUGUCAACAGGAAGAAAGGGAAGAAGGAGGACCACUGCUGCCUGGCCUGGGGGAACAUCAACCUGUUUGACUACCAAGGCAACCUGCAGAACGGCAAGUACCAGCUCAACAUGUGGUCUGUGCCCCAUGGCAUGGAUGACCUGCUGAAUCCUAUUGGCUCCACCGGUCAAAUCCCAGCAAGGUAGGAUACUCCGUGUCUAGACCUGGAGUUUGACCGGUUUGCCCAUGUGGUGAAGUAUCCCAACGACCAGCAGAUCGAGGAGUACGCCAAGUGGAUCGCCAACGUCAACUCUGAGGGGAACAUCCUACGAGGAACCACCAGCUCAGCAAGCAAUCUCCACGGAGCGAGUAACUCUUACGCGGAGAACGGAGACAGUGAACUGGAGCAGCUCCAUGAGAUCCUGAGGAAAGACCCGCUGUCAGACUUCUCAGAACAGGAGAAGGACCUGGUCUGGAAGAUGAGGAAAAGAUGCCAAGAAAUCCAAGACUCUCUCCCGAGACUGUUGCAGUCGUGUAAGUGGAGUAGCAGAGAAGAUGUCUCCCAGAUGUACAUGUUACUGGAGAACUGGCCACAGGUGUCCCCAGAGACUGCCCUGGAGCUGUUAGACUGUACGUACGCUGACCUCAAGGUGCGAAAGUUCGCUGUGGACUGUCUGAGGAAGACCAUGACUGACGACCAACUCUCACAGUACCUGCUGCAGCUUGUACAGGUUCUGAAGUAUGAGCCUUAUCUGGACAAUCCACUGGCCAGAGUGCUGUUAGAACGUUCUCUCCUCAACCAGAGGAUUGGCCACUUCUUCUUCUGGCAUCUCAAGGCAGAGAUGUCCAACAAGAAUGUUCGGAUCAGGUUUGGCCUGUUGUUGGAGGCUUACUGUCGAGCCUGUGGAGCGUACCUGAAGAACCUGGUUAGACAAGUGGAGGCCCAGGAGAAACUCACCAUGCUGACUGAAACACUACAGGAGAGGGAGAAAGAGAAGAAGGACACAACACAGAGGGAGAGAUUAAAGUUCCUAGGAGAGAAGAUUAACCAGGAGGAUUAUCUGGAGGCCCUGCAGAACUUUCCCUGUCCACUCAACCCCUCUCAUCUGCUAGGAACACUGCUUAUUAAAGAGUGUAAAGUGAUGAAGUCGGCCAAGCGCCCCUUGUGGCUGAACUGGGAGAACCCUGACCCUAUGGCUGACCUCUACUUCCUCAACCAGAUGAUCAUCUUCAAGAAUGGUGAUGAUCUGCGUCAGGACAUGCUGACAUUACAGAUGAUCCGGAUCAUGGACAACAUCUGGCAGACCGAGGGGCUGGAUCUCAGAAUGCUGCCGUACCAGUGCCUGUCUGCUGGUAACUGUGUGGGCAUGAUUGAGGUCGUGAGGAAUGCCAAGACUGUCAUGCAGAUCCAGAGGAUGAGCGGCAUCACCGGCACGCUGCAGCUCAGGAGCGACUCUCUACACGAGUGGAUCAAGUCCAAGAACAAGGGGGACAGGUAUGACCGAGCCAUCGAGGCCUUCACACUGUCCUGUGCAGGCUACUGUGUGGCCACCUUCAUCCUGGGCAUCGGUGAUCGUCAUAACGACAACAUUAUGGUGAACGAAGAGGGGCAGAUCUUCCACAUCGACUUCGGCCACUUCCUGGGCCACUUCAAGAAGAAGUUUGGGUACAAGAGGGAACGUGUGCCCUUCGUACUGACUGAAGAUUUCCUCAAGGUCAUAGCCAAGGGAGGCGACUACCAGAAGAGCAAGGAGUUUAAAAGUUUCCAAGAGCUGUGCCGUCGGGCGUACCUCUAUCUCCGCAAACACGCCAACCUGUUCAUCGUACUCUUCACCAUGAUGCUUUCCACGGGGAUCCCCGAGCUCCAGUCCUUUGACGACAUUGAGUACCUGCGUAAGACUCUGGCUGUGGAGAUGACAGACACAGAAGCUCUUCAGUACUUCUCCAGCUGCUUCAAUGAAGCCUACAGCAGGUCCUACUCCACCAAGGUCGACUGGAUGUUCCAUGGCAUCAAACAGAGCAGAUGAUUGCUUCACUCCAUUGUCUUCUUCAUUCUGAUUGGAUGCACUUUAUGCCAAUGACAGCAAAGAUGACAAUGUCUUACAAAGAUUGACAAGAUCAAACAGGGUAGAUGAUUGGUUUAUUGUGGUGUUUUAUACCUGUCUAUGGGAUGCAGUAUACUCUCUCAUCCAAUGAGAAACUGGAAGUUUAUCACGGUAUAAAGGGAGGUUGAAUGAAGGAUUUAAAUUUGGACACUCAUUUCACUUCUGUCUGACAAGACACGAGAAACUCAUCAAAUGAGACAAAUUUUAAACAUCAUGAAUCUAGUCUGAUCAUGACCAGCUUGUCUUGUGAUACAUGUAUUAACCAAACUUCAGUUCCUUUAGUUCAGAAACAAUUUCUCAGUCAUGUUCACCUUUGCAUGUACACAACAUCGUCAUCCAGUCAAAAACAAGACAUCGAGAAGAUUUACUCAAAGAGAUACCAAAUGGGCUAGUGGUUGUUGAAUUUUUCUGUGAUGUCAGCUCACCUAAUAUGGAUUUUCCUAUUGACUUCAUGAGGAUUGAAUUUUUAAAGUGGGCUCUAUCACUGAAUAACUCAAGAUAAUUCUGUCAAGAUUCAUUGUGAAAUUAGGAAAUACUUGUACACAUAAAUCUUCAUGUAUGUAGCAUAGAAAUUUGAUCGGUCAGUGAAGGGAAACAGUCCAGGUACUUUUGAAAGUAUCUCAGAGUCUGUUCUUUUUCUAGAGGUGCAAAAAAAGUGAAAAUAACUCAACUCUGUUAUCCAUGGAAGAGCAUUGAGGGAAAACAAAACUUUCCAAACAAACCACAGUUUGUAAAAGCUCUGUAUCAAGAAAGUCAUAGCGUUGAGAAUAUGAUGAAGGUAACAGAAGCAUAUUUAAAUGAAUGGAGAAUCCUCUUAGAUAGGAACGAAUGGUAAUAAUAAAUAUGCAAACUAGUUAUUUAAUGGAAUAUUAGGGUAACUGAGCAAAUACUCAUACAGGGAUGGAAACAAUUGCAUGAUUUCAGUCGUUCAAAUUAAAAUACUUUAUGAGGAUCGUAUUAAUGAAACUAUCAACUGCUUUGUCACUGGGUUUGUGUCCCUGUUGCUGAAUUUUUCCAGUUUACAUGUAUACAUGUAUGUUUAAUGGCCAUAAGGAUGCACUUUCUCUCGAGUGUUGCCAUAUAUGGACAAUUGACAUCUUAGAAUUCUAUCACACAGCCCAUACAUCUAGAA